UUUCGCCAUUCCGCGUCCGCUCUUUCCAUUUCCCUCCUUCAGCUCGCUGCAAAAAGCGUAGUAAAAAAAAAUAAAAAUCUUAGAAUUCCCGAAAAAGAGCUGAAACCCUAGUCUCCGCCCCUUUUCCCACGGUCUCUCCUUCCAUUUUUCUGGCGAUUUCCGAUCUUUAAUCGAGAGAUUCAUAUCCGGAAAGCUCGUAGAUGCGAAAAUACCUGUCUUCUGAACUCAGAUUCUUCAACCGGCUGAAAUAGAAGCAGAUUCAGCUGCGGAAGCUCUUAGUUGUGAAGAUCUGUGAUUUCCGCGGCCUAGAUCUUUGAUCGAUGAAAUAGAAGCUGUGUUUACCUUAUCGGAAGGGAUAUCAAUCGACCUGUGCUUCUUUUUUUGCCUGAUCAAGACAUUUCGAUUUUAGAAGAUCAGCGAUUUCUGAGGUUCUGAUCGUCGAUUUUUUAAGCGGGAGAUAUCUCCUCAUUUUUGCUGUGUUCUUUCAGAUCUAGGUAUUUUACUCGAAAGAAAGCUUUUUUGCACGCAUCAGCGGCUCAGAUCUCCUCUUUCGAGGUCUAGAUCUUUGAUCUGAUGCGAUUGGAGUGAUUGCCGUGAAUCGUCGGAUCCAGGACUAAUGGCUUUCAGCGGGACGCAGCAGAAGUGUAAGGCUUGCGAUAAGACUGUCUAUGUUGUUGAUCAGUUGUCUGCCGAUGGAGUUGCUUACCAUAAAGCUUGUUUUAAAUGCAAUCACUGCAAAGGAACGCUUAAGUUGAGCAAUUACUCUUCGCUGGAAGGUGUUCUGUACUGCAAGCCUCAUUUUGAACAGCUUUUCAAGGAAACUGGCAGUUUCAACAAGAGCUUCCAGUCACCAGCUGCAAAGUCGGCAGAGAAGUUGACCCCGGAACUGACAAGAUCACCUAGCAAAGCUGCUGGCAUGUUUUCUGGGACACAAGAAAAAUGUGCUACUUGUGGUAAAACAGCAUAUCCACUGGAAAAGGUAACGGUGGAGGGCCAGGCCUAUCACAAGUCAUGCUUCAAAUGCUCCCAUGGCGGUUGUCCCAUUUCCCCAUCCAACUAUGCGGCCCUAGAAGGCAUCUUAUACUGUAAGCACCAUUUCUCCCAGCUUUUCAAGGAGAAAGGGAGCUACAACCAUCUUAUCAAGUGUGCUACCAUCAAGCGCACGUCAGCUGCAACUAUUACUGAUCUCUCAUCAUCUUAAUCAUCCAACAGCCCAUUCAUCACGUCCAGGUUUUAUGAUAAAAUAACAUUUCAAGCGUGCGCGCAUGUGUGUUUGCUUUCCCGUUCCUCUCAUCAGUUGGGGAAUUGGCAAGACUUGGGUCCUCUGGUUGUGUUUUUUGGAAACUGUCAUUGUGUAUUUUUGAUUAAUGUGAUUUGCAUUUGUUUUAUCUUGCAAAUGCAACAGCUCUAUCAUAUAUGAAUAUAUAUAUAUAGUGAUUUGGCUUGCUAUUA